AUAUUUACCUGAUAAUCAUUGAGUAGAAGACUGCUAGAUGUUCUGUACGUAGCAUGGCAAAAGCUGUUUCGAACUUACAAGAUUUCAUAACGCUUACAUCAGCUGAAAACACCACGAGCACGAAACUUUACCACCUUACAUGAAUAUUUGAUAAAGACGCCGACGGUCCACGGUCAUCUGGACUGCUUAAGUGUUUGUACAUUUUUAAAAGCAAUGAGUGCAAUGGUUUAGAGAUACACUUUCAAUGGAACAGGUUUUAUAUAAACUAUUUUAGUUGAAGUAUAUUACUGUGGAUGGUGUUAAAUGAUGAAAUUUGAAUUUGAAAUUUGUUACUGCACGGUAUUAAAAUGUGGGCGGCGUUUUUAAUGAGAAUACUAAGAAAACGAAUAGUUCUUGGAGUAAUAUUUGCAUUGUCAUUAACAUACUGUAUUUUGAGUUUUUUGCGUGAGGCUGAUGAUUCCCUUGACAAUGAAAUAGAAGCUGUUCCAAUAAGAAGGUUAAAUCAGCAGUUCUUAUGGCAUUCUGUUAAGGAUGAUGUAAAUAGUUCUAAUGUUAAAGUGACAACAUGCAGAAAUUCAGUGCAAGGCAAAGUUCUAAUUGUAGAUGACAGAGGCUUUGUUUGCUUUCGAACAGACGUCUUGUCUAGUGGCUGUUGUAAUACAGAUUCUGAAACUACAAAACGAUAUUCGUGUGAAACUUGCAAAGAAAAUGGAUGUUGCAGCAUUUAUGAGUAUUGUAUAUCAUGUUGCUUACAUCCAGAUAAAAAAAAUUUAUUACAAAGUGUGUUGGGAAAAGCAUCAGAAACAUUUAAUGUCCUGUUUGCCUCAGUGACAGACCAUUUUGAACUUUGCUUAGCAAAAUGUCGCACAAGUUCACAGAGUGUACAGCAUGAGAAUUCAUACCGUGAUCCACGAGCAAAACAUUGCUAUGGUGAAACCCCUCCUGCUGCUGGAGAAGGACCUGUCCCCUCAUGAGACUUGUCAUUUUUGUUAAUGUGUGUGUGCAUUUUGACUUGUAAGGUACAUGUGUAUGCAGAACUUAGGAAAUACACAUACAUUCAUCUACGUGUCUGUGUUGAAUGAAGGAAGAAUUUGUGGAUGAAACUUAUGAGCAUCAGAUACAAUGCAGACUUAAGAAACAGGAUUUUGGCCUCUUCAGGAAUGCUACAUGUGGUGGAAAAAACACUGAUAGCAAGAUGAAGUGACUUUUCAAUGAUUGUCAGUGUCUAGUUAUUUCUUCAUAACUUUUCAUGUGUCAUCUUCUCCUUAUAAUGGAUAUUUGUGUUAGAGAUGUAAGAAAUAAAAUGGUGAGAGGUGUAAGCCGAUUGUAGAUACAAACUUUACAGUGUAUAAAGAAAGAAACAAUAAGUUAUAACAUGGGUGAAAAUGUAAUUCAAGAGCAUAAAAUUAUGUUGAAUAAAUGAGUGUUAUGGAGAUCAAGGAAAGGGUGAAAAGACUAAGAAAGAGAUCACUUAAAAGUAAUCAUAGGAAGAGUGAAUAAGGAUACAUUUCUUUUGGGAAGGCAAAGAAGCAUGGAGACAUCAGUGGAUGUUAAUGAACUAUGGAAAGUGAAUAUAUUGACUGUUCAUUUGUAAAUAAACAUCUAUGCAAUUACAA